GCACUUCCUGGUUACUUGGCGCUGCGUGUUGUGGUUGUUAACUACUGAUUUAUUUGUCCAAGGAAUGGUACAUUUUCUUCUGCGACGGGACUGGCUCGGUCGUCUUCGUCUGGCGCUCACUCUCUUCGGACUCCCGUACACCGUGUGCUCCCCCGGAGUUAGGUCUGCCAUCUCCUGCUCGUCUUCUCACCCUUUCAGAACCAUCAGACCCAUCAGUGCCAGUUGCUGUCACCUCUACACGACCAGUGUCCGGACAAUGCCUUCCUCAGCAGCGCCUCAUGUCAAGUCCAGAUGUCCUCAGUAUCCAGGGUCCAAAGUCAAGCGCUUACUCGUGCCUGAUGACAAGGUGGACUGGAGUCAGAGCUGGCCGCAGUAUAAUCCAGUCUCCCACACUGACCCUUCAGUAUUAAAGAAGCCAGCAUGGGCGGACCCUGAUAUUGGCAGCUGGAGAUUUUUCACGCCAGUUUUGAUGACUUUUGCUCGCAGCUCUUUCUCUCCAAAGUUCAACACUGUGGACGGUGUUGUGGACAGGACCAGCUUCGGCGGCACCUAUAAAAUAGAAAAAGGAAAGCCACUAAAUCCUCGUGGCCGCACUGGGGUGUCUGGUAGAGGUUUGUUGGGACGAUGGGGACCCAAUCACGCAGCUGAUCCCAUUGUCACCAGAUGGAAAGUAGAUGCCAAAGGAGCAAAGGUAUCUCACUCAGUCUCCAAGCGGCCUAUCCUGCAGUUUGUGUCCAUCAAGAGGAAAGACUGUGGGGAGUGGGCCAUUCCUGGGGGCAUGGUAGAUCCAGGGGAGCAGGUCUCUCUCACGCUGCAGCGGGAGUUCUCAGAAGAAGCGUUGAAUUCGUUGGCAGUCCCGCCAGCAGAGACAGCGAAGAUCAGUGAACGCAUCACCAAACUCUUCAAAUCACCAGGGUUUCAGGUCUAUAAAGGCUAUGUGGAUGAUCCUAGAAACACUGACAAUGCUUGGAUGGAGACAGUUGCUGUCAACUUUCAUGAUGACUCAGGCAACAGUGUGAGCGAGCUGCCGCUCCAAGCUGGCGAUGACGCAGGACAAGUCCAGUGGGUUGAUGUUGACUCGUCCUUCCCGCUCUUUGCGAAUCAUUCCCAUUUCCUGGAGCUGGUUGCCAAAGAGAGGAAAGCUCACUGGUAACUAAAGACGAUGGACUCUGACAUGUCGAUGAAGGAAACAUUAAGAGCCAUGUGUGCUGAUGCAUUAAGGAUGCAUGACACCUAAACUUUUGUGAAUCUUCCCUUGCUAAUUUAAACCCAAUAAUCAUAGUCAUUGAAAGCCUAAUAUGCACUCAUACGUAUUCCCCCUGUACAAUCUACAGCAACAUUGUGACUGUAGGUUUAGAUUGAUAUAGCAAAUUGUAUGAAAUGAAUGUAACAGCAAGUUGAAAACUUUGCCACAGAGGACAUGGCUCAGCCCAUGUACGAGCUGCAGAAAAUAAAAUGAAAGAGAAGAAAUGUA